AUGAUAUCAUCCCAGCAUGCCUUUUUCCCCAUACCUAUCCCCGUAUUCCGUUUUGUCGUCCUUGACCUAGGAGCUCCCAAGUACGUCUCGACUCAAAGUAGGAAAGCGAUGUUCAACAUUCGAACCAAUCUAAGACAGAUGGUUGGCAGCUGGGCGGCGUGUGUUGCUAGGGAAUACGCUCUAGCUGCAUCGCUUGGUCGGCCCAUGUAG